AUGGCGGGACAAGGCGGCGGCGGCGGCGAGGGAGCACAGGGUGCGGUCGGGGGAUCGAGACGAGAUGUAGAGAAGCAGGGGAAGACAACAAAGCAGGAUGAGGAUGAUGUUGUGAAGAGAGACAUGCUGUCAACGCUCGUCAUGCUGCUCACGAACAAACAUAGCGCAGAGCUCUAUGACAGGCAGGUGAAAACGUUAAUGAGAAUCAGCAAGGCUUAUAGCGACGGGUUCUUCAUUGCAGACAUUCAUAAGCUCGUCCAAAUUUUCAAACAUGUUGGGGGUCGGGUGGAUCAAGGGAUGACAGAGUUUGUUGAGCCUCUUUGCGAUCUGUUGAACAUUUGCUCCAAGCCCUUUGUUAAACAGAUAGCGAGCGAGGAAUACAGAAACUUUGACUCUUUGAGCGAAAUCGUACAAGUAAUCUGCUCCUUUAUAUCGUCUAAGAUUCCUGAGAUUCAGCUUUCGGCGGCAGCAGCCAUGAUCGCAUAUUCAACGACUGACGAAGGGUUGCCCGCUAGCAUUAGUUUUCGGAAUCAAAUUCUCGAAAGCAGCAGCGCCAUUGAAAACAUCGGACAGGUCUUUCAGAGGGGGGAACUCGACAAGAAGGUACUGCUCCAACUUCUACAGCUCCUGCUCGAACUCUCUCGCAGAAACGAACUGGCAGCGCAGAUUUCACAGCAAAAUUGUUUGGAGUACGCCGUGGAAGCUCUUCUGCAUGGUUUCAAAUCACAUAUAUGCGUGAUAUCGGUAGAGAUUCUCUGGAAUUGUAUGGAGAAUGUCCCGUCUGCCGCUGAGCGACUUGGUACCAAGAGGACGGCAGACGUGUUUGCUCAGGUCAUCACAGACCUGUUGAAGGAAGGUUAUCGAUCGCAAGACAAGGAGUUGAGGAAUGAGUUGCUGCUGGUGCUGCAUUACUUGGCGGAGAAGGUCGUUAUCUCCUCUCCAUGUCAGAUUUCUGAUGCUGACUAUGUUUCUGCCCUGCAGGAUAAAAUCCAUGAAUUCUUUAUCGCCAACGGUUUCCUGGAAACCUUGUUGACUACUUCAUCUGCCAGCGAGAGUGAAGUAAGAAACGAUGUAAAGUCGUCGGUUUUGACCUCCUCGAGCGAAGACUUUGAGAUGAAGCGGACCAUGAUGCACAUAAUUUGCCUGCUGUCCGAGAACCCAGCUUGCAUGGAUAGAAUCAAACAACACCACUCCUUUAUUCCAGGCCUGGUCUUGCACUUGGACGAAAGGUAUGUCAACCAUCUUGCAAGGAAGAAGUUCUCCCGGCAACAACAGAGACAGCUCCAGAUCGAAUGUUUGUCUUCUCUCGUCAUCCUCGUGCCGAAAUUUCCGGAUCUCUUCAUCCAGCUCGGAGGCCUCGCCAUCAUCCUCCAAUUUCUUUCUGAACAGUCGGAGGAAAGUCUUCGUUCCGGUUGCCUUCGUCUCCUCAUUCAGUGUGCAAAGCUUCCUGGCUUCCAAGAAGAGCUUGGAGGGAAGGCUGUGGCCAUGAUGAUCUCGUUGGUAAAGGAGCAGAGCAUGCAUCCGUUCCAUAUCCGGCAGGAUGCACUUAGCGUCCUUGCUCGACUGUGUGAGAAUUGCCCUGCCAACCAGAACAUCGUCUCGGCGUUGGAGGGCCUGGAUGCAUUGAUAGAGAACAUUGAGUGGACGGUGGAGGAGACGAUCAGGAUGGAGCCGAUGUCUCUGACUGCUGUGGAUGCAGUCUGGUGCAUCGUGUGCGGGAACAGAGAGAACGAGAGGUUGUUCGAGCAGAAGGGAGGGCUAGAGGCUUUGGUGCUGCUGCUUGACAAGUGCCCCCGUUUCUUGCAAUUCCUGGUCGUGAGUUGCAUGUGCCAACUGGUUGAGAAUCAGGGCCUGCUGGAGCAGCUUAGGACUCUGAGGGAGCCAGUCGCCAACAAGGCGGUGACGCACCUGCUGAUCAGGCUGUGGAGGGAAGAGGAAGACUACAUCCUGCAGGAGGAAAGGAAAGAGUUGGAGAUCAGAGGCGUCAAUCUGAGGAGAGAGGAAGACAUGAGGUCGGGAGAGCUCGUUGAGCACCUGACCCUGAAGAACCUGCACACGAAGAUCCAUUCCCUGCUUGUCAAACUCGGUUUUGACACGGCGAGGGACGAGUUGGACACAGAGGAGAAGAAGAAGCUCUUCCAGAUCGAGAAGUAUCUGCAGGCGCAUGAAGCCACUCUGUGGCAGGCGUUCAACAAGGAGCUAGCAGAGGAAGGGAUCCGGCCUGUCACACCUGACCGCAGGAUUCUGGAGAGGAGGGUCGAUGAGAACAUGGCAGCCCAGGAGGAGCUCGAGGAGCAACUGGAAAAUAUGGACGCACAGCAUGAGGCGGGAGAGCAGGAGGAGCUGCGACAAUUCUUUCAGCAGAUCCAUCAGGAGGAGCUUGCCAGGAAGAACACGGUGAAGCGAGUCAGUCAGGCCCUGCCGACGUCGACGAGGACCAAGAUCAUCGUGGACUCGCACAAGUCGCAGAUCUAUCCCCCGCUGAUCGCAACGACAAGAGGGCUGGAGGAAAAGACCAACGACGGGCGGGGGAGCCGAACAGAGAGGAAGGACAACGUGGAGGAGUUCCUGCGGGACUCCGCAACAUCGAAGCUGGUGGCAUCCAGACCUACAAGUGCAAGGCCGAAGAGUGGGAAGAGCGUUGAAGGCAGUCAGACCCCAGCUGGGGCCGGAGUGAACGCAGCCAUCGCAUUACGAGCUUCUUAG